AUGGUCAAAUUUGCAGUCGUUUGUGCGAGCAACAUGAAUCGCAGCAUGGAGGCACACUACCAGCUCAAAAAGCAGGACUACAACAUCCAGUCAUUUGGCACUGGGCAGACACUACGGCUCCCCGGACCCUCUCCGACACAACCCAAUACUUACCCGUUUGGAAUGCCAUACACCGAGAUCCGAGAGCAUCUUAGAUCACAAAAUAACAUUGAAGUCUACACGCGGCUAGGCCUGUUCUCCAUGCUAGAGCGCAACGUCAAGGUUAAGGCAGCUCCACAGCGGUUCCAGCUCGAGGAGAGCAGCUACGAUGUGAUUUUCACCUGCGAGGAGCGCGUGUUUGACAGUGUCUGUGAAGAGCUGCUGAACCGCGCCGGAGUGAAGAGCCAACCGGUGCACGUCAUUAACGUGCAGAUCGAGGAUAACAACCGGGAUGCUAUUAUUGGCGCAAAGACGAUUGUCGAGCUGGCGAGGAUGAUCGUGGCCGCUCGCGAUUUGGAACGCGAUAUCGAUGGUAUUAUUGAGGAUGUGCAGAAUAGGAUGCCGCACCGUCUUUAUUACAUGUUGGCAUUUUACUAA